AAUGCAUUGAUUAUCAAAGUACCACAGAAUUUUUCGAUGACUAAAUCUGACUAUUAUCGGGUAAAUUUGGCUCCUUUGCAAUAUGCAAAUAGUCGUAAAAAAUCCACAGCUCAUUGCUGUAAUUAUACGCACCGUUUUGAAUCACCACCUCCGCCAUAUUCAUAUUAUCCUUCACCGCUUAUUCAAAGAAUCCAUCAACCGAGAUCUUCACCUCCUCCACCACCUCUUCCACCUCGUGAAAAAGUUAUAAUAGGGCGUCGUGCAGCCAGAUUUGAUAUUAGGAUUCCUAAUAAGACUUCUCCUAUUUCUAAGCAAUCUAAUCUUAGAAGAAAUAAUUUAUCAUUUCAAAAGCAAUAUAUUAAUCCAAUAAUUUCUUCAUCCAGAAGUUGUACGGAUGGUUUUUGGUGCUUCGUAUUCCUAAUUUUUCUCUCCGGAUGGGUAUUCGUCGCAGCUAUUGGAUUUAUUUGGGGCAAUCCAAAACGCUUAAUUCAUCCAACCGAUUCGGAAGGACGAUUCUGCGGCACCGAAAGGGCCGGAUUUUAUGAUUUAAGUAAAAAACCAUAUUUGCUGUAUUUUGAUCUCACGGAGUGCUUUUCUUAUGCUACUUUCAUUGCUGGUUGCCCUACUACUCAGGUGUGCGUAACGGAAUGUCCAACAAAAACCUUCACCUAUCUACAACUUCAGAAAUUGCAAAGUGGCCAAGAAUUUGAAAGAGAAGUUCAAAGUAAUGUAAUAUGCCGAGAUGGAGUGAACAAAUUAGCUGUUCAUAAUUUCAAUGCUUUAAAAAAUCUUGUCGACAGUGGUGAUUGUACCUCUUAUACGGUUCAUUAUAUACCUGGUAUAGUUGUUCAAAACUGUUUUCUUGGGAGAUGCAUGCCCGAAAUUAUAUUUAGAGCAAAUCAAGCAGUCUUAAAAAGUGCGAAAUCAAAUUUUUCAUUGGAUUCAGUCAUUGACGAAUUAAAAAAUGACAACGACAAGGUUCCAAGUGAUUUUGAGUUGGCAAACGCUUCUAGAGUAGCAGCAGAUAUUACCGUAACAUGGUGGCAAAUUCUGUCAUUCUUUCUUGCAACAGCUGUCAUUUCCCUUAUGUGGAUUAUUAUUAUGCGAAUACUUGGUGGAUACAUGAUUUGGACCACGACUUUCGCCUUGGUUAUUGUACUAGCUGGAGGUUCAACAUAUAGUUGGAUGCGAUACAAGGCUUUGCACGAUUCGGGUGCUGUAAACGAUUAUUCGUUUCAGCCUGAUAUAAGUGUUUAUUUUGAGAUGCCUACCACUUGGUUGGUUCUAGCUAUUUCAUUCAGUGUUGUUCUUUUGCUAAUUAUUAUAAUUUUUUGCUGUAUUUAUUCGAGAGUAAAACUUGCCGUUGCGUUAAUUGAAGAAUCUUCUAAAUCUAUCGGUGCUAUGAGCGCUUCGCUAUUAUUUCCAGUUAUUCCAUUUUUUCUUAAUUUUAUGGCAUUUAUCAUUUGGGCUUUUGUGACUAUUUGGUUGGCGUCGUCGGGUAAAGAGAAUUGCCAAAGACCGCUUAUUUCUGGUGGUGAUCUACGCAAUAUGACUGCAUGCGAUUGUAGCAGUAUUGGAACUGAAAAAGAUCCUGAAUGUCGUUAUGUUAAUCUAACACGCGAUAAUAGAAUAAUUUAUCUGCAAGGCUAUAAUUUAUUUGCGUUCUUUUGGCUUACAUGCUUUAUUUCUGGGCUGACUGAUAUGAUUUUGGCUGGCGCUUUUGCUAGUUAUUAUUGGGCCUUUGAUAAAGUAAAAGAUGUUCCUUCUUUUCCGAUUCUAAGGUCAUUUGGACGUGUUUUAAGAUAUCAUCUUGGAACAAUUGCAUUCGGUUCAAUUAUUCUUGCCUUAACAAAAUUUAUUCGAGCCAUUCUUGAUUAUUUUGAUAAAAAAUUUGGAGUUUCGAAUAAUAGCAUUAUCAAAUUUAUCAUGAGGUGCCUUAAAUUCUUUUUUUGGUGUUUUGAAAUGUUUUUGAAGUUUUUAACAAGAAAUGCCUUCAUAAUGUCAGCAAUUUAUGGAAAGAAUUUUUGUACUUCUGCAAGGGAUUCAUUUUCGAUUAUCGCAAAAAAUAUUGUACGAUAUGUUGUACUCGGCAAAGUCACUGACUUUUUACUUUUACUUGGGAAGGUGACAGUCACCUUAGGUGUCGGUGUUAUAUCAUUCUUUUGGUUCAGUGGACGUUGGAUGAUUGAUGGAAUACCGCAGAUAGAAUUAUACUAUUAUUUUGUUCCUAUUGCUAUUGUUGUUAUUGGCUCUUACUUUAUUGCUUCAUCAUUUAUGAGCGUUUACGAUAUGGCCGUACAUACCAAUUUCCUUUGCUUUCGUAUGUGUUUUUCGGCUUAUUUUAAUCACUCAUUCUUUCCAGUGGAAGAUAUGGAAUGCAACGAUGGAACACCGGAUAAACCUUACUAUAUGUCAAAGAGUUUACAAGAAAUCAUGGGGAAACACAAUCAGUUUAAAUCUUGA